AUGAGCAGUCGUAAAUCAAAGAAUAACAACUUAAUACAAGCAGAAUACCUUUUACAGGUACAAAGAAUUUUACGUGAAAGAUUUUGGCAUCAGAGUCCACAUAGUAACCUAUUUGGAGUACAAAUACAAUAUAAACACUUAAUUGAGCUGCUAAAAAGAACUGCUAUUCAUGGAGAAAGUAAUUCUGUUCUCAUUAUUGGACCCCGAGGAUCAGGAAAGACCAUGUUAAUAAACCAUGCUUUGAAAGAACUAAUGGAAGUAGAAGAAGUGAGUGAAAAUGUAUUACAAGUUCACUUAAAUGGACUGCUGCAGAUCAAUGAUAAAAUUGCCUUAAAGGAAAUCACAAGGCAGUUAAAUCUGGAAAAUGUAGUUGGAGAUAAAGUUUUUGGAAGCUUUGCCGAAAACCUUUCAUUUCUUCUGGAAGCUUUAAAAAAAGGUGACCGGACUAGUAGUUGCCCAGUGAUCUUCAUAUUAGAUGAAUUUGAUCUUUUUGCUCAUCAUAAAAACCAAACACUCCUCUAUAAUCUUUUUGACAUUUCUCAGUCUGCACAGACUCCGGUAGCAGUUAUUGGUCUUACAUGUAGAUUGGAUAUUUUGGAACUCUUAGAAAAGAGAGUGAAGUCACGAUUUUCCCACCGGCAGAUACACUUAAUGAAUUCAUUUGGUUUUCCACAGUAUCUUAAAAUAUUUAAAGAACAAUUAUCUCUACCUGCAGUAUUUCCAGGCAAGAUUUUUGCUGAGAAGUGGAAUGAAAAUGUUCAGAGUCUCUCAGAAGAUAGGAAUGUGCGAGACGUGCUGCAAAGGCAUUUCAAUGUCAGCAAAAGCCUGCGGUCAUUACACACACUACUGAUGCUUGCUUUAAAUCGUGUAACACCAUCACACCCAUUUAUGACUGCAGCAGAUCUGAUGGAGGCAAACCAGCUGUGUAGCAUGGACUCUAAAGCAAAUAUUGUACAUGGUCUGUCAGUCUUGGAAAUCUGUCUUAUCAUAGCAAUGAAACAUUUAAAUGACAUCUAUGAAGAGGAGCCCUUUAAUUUUCAAAUGGUUUAUAAUGAGUUUCAGAAGUUUGUUCAAAGGAAGGCCCAUUCUGUUUAUAAUUUUGAGAAACCUGUUGUCAUGAAGGCCUUUGAACAUUUACAACAAUUAGAAUUAAUAAGGCCCAUGGAAAGAACAUCAGUAAAUGCACAGAGGGAGUACCAGCUGAUGAAACUACUUUUGGAUAAUACGCAAAUUAUGAAUGCUUUGCAAAAAUACCCUAACUGUCCUACAGAUGUUAGGCAGUGGGCAACAUCCUCCCUAAGCUGGUUAUGA